AUGACAGCACCUCCUCCACAUAUUCCUGCGGUUGGAUUAAAACGGGCAUACCCGGCUAGUAUGGAGGAGUGCAAGAAAAGGCACUCAGGCACUAAAGUUUCAAAGAUUGCAAACAUAUUCCAAGGGAUGCCUUCAAGAGAGGAAGACGAAGUUCGCGGCAGCGACGUAACAGGCGUCCGAACCGAAAGCCAUUUAGCACGGUUCAAUAACGCCCGUGCACUUUUUGAAAAAUUGGGUGAAGAAAACCGUGGAUUUCGUAUUGAAAAAUCACCGUCAGCAGCUGCCAGUUUUGCGGGCACCCGAGGGGUAACACCGCCUGCGCCAGCGCGAUCUCGUUCCAGUUCCGCGGGAUCCGUGAGCCCACCCAGACGAAUUGUGACGCCGACGCCGAUGCCGGCACCUGCUGUCAAUGGCGAUCGCCUCGCCAAUGGUGCUACUGCACCGCCGCCAAAACCUGUCAAGCCAAGUGUUUUACCUAAACCUGAAAAACCAGACAGGAGAUUUAACAAGGAGCUCAUAGAAAAACAGAGAAAUUGGACUGCUCAUUUUAAUAAAUCUCGCCAAUGUCGUAAUGAUGAACCUAGUAAAGUGGACUCUAACAAAUAUUCUAGUGCGUAUCAAGACAGAAAGUCACCGGAGGUUCCUGAAAGAUAUGUAGUUCCUUCCCGUGUUUAUUCUCCACCGCUUUCCCCUUGUGCUGGUGAUUCCCAGGUGGAACGUCCUACUACUCUUCCUUCUUCGUUAGUAAGUCGAGUUAUACCAAGCACAAAAACACCAAGUCCAAUAAAAGCGGUUACACCCGUGUCACCUAGACCCAAUAAUUUAGUUUCCCCAAUACCCAGGCCUGAAUCAUCGGUUUCUCCGCCAGCUCGAAGAGAGCGUAUAAAUUCGCCUAUCAAAACAAAACCCGAUCCUCCGUCUUACCUUCAGUCUUCAACUGAAAAAAGUCAUUCUAGUGUAAGGACGCCGAGUUUUAGUCCAAAUGAGGAUGAAAGAAUUGCAAAUAAAGAAAAUAGUGAUGCAUCUAUUCACAAAACUAGUGAACAAACACAGUAUUCUAGUUCUAUGUCAAACACCAUUGAAAGAAUAUCACCUACCCCACCGUCACCGUCUUCAACGCCAACGAUACUAGAGCCUGUUACUGUUCCUCGAAGACAAAAAUCACCAUCGCCUUCAGCAAGGUCACCGAAAUCACCUGUUUCACCGUUGUACCACGAUAAGGAAAGUUUGCCUUCAGCUGAACGUGAAUCUUCCAUGUCACCAGUACCAAGUAAUCGAACAUGUACAGCAGCACCGGACUAUGCUUUGAAUGCAGUAGUAUCCCCACACUCGCCUGUUGUAACAUCUCAAGAAUCUACUGUCAUGUCUCAGCCUGACGAAAACAACACAAAGAAUGUUUGCGAACGUGUAUCCCCGAGCCCACAAAGUCCAGUCACCUUGGAUAACGGGUCAAGAUCAUCGAAGAUUUUGGAUGAUGAUGCUUAUGAGUCCGUGGACUAUAGUUCGGAAUGGGAAGAAAAAUCCAGGCGGCGGUCUUCAACCCCAGAGUCUCCAGUAUGUCCAGUGAAGAUAGAGGAUGUGCCUCGUUCUCCGCUAGUGUCGCCAUUAGCUUCUCCUGUGCAUCGUGUCGCAGAUUCUUCGCCUCCUGCUUCGCUUCAAGCUUCACCUUCGCCUGCGGGCGGAGGUCGCAAGUCGUCCGAGGCGGAAGAAACACCACGGCGGAGUGGAUCGCGAGCGUCGAGUGUCUCGGACGAGGGAGGCUUCAACGAGCCCUCGCCCGAGGUGGUGGCGCGGCUGCGGCCGGCAGACUACCGCGAGCCGCCCCCGCCCGCACCGCCCCUCACCAGGGACAUACGGGACGCAGAGCGGGCGCGCUCCGAUCCUGAUACGCUCUCCGUAUUGCAGCAGCCUUCAACGCCUGCAUUACAGGACUCCGGCGUGGUAGUGAGCGAAGCGAGUCAAGGCUCCAUAGAGGUGCUCGACAAGUCGACCACCAGUCAAUGGAGCGUGUCGGAGGGCGAGAACGCGUCGGGGGAGAGCGGCCGGGGCGGGGACGCGGCCGAUACGCGCUGGGACGACGGCGACGCCGACUCCAAGCAGCCCGACAGCAUGACGCCCGACGAGGCCGAGAUACUACUCAGCUCGAGUAUUCUGGAGAAAAAACUUAGGCAAGAAGCCCUGCUGUCAGACGAACAGGCGCAGGAGAUCGUGGCCAUGCUGUCGCCGCACGCGCUGCCGCACGACAAUGGCGUGUCGCUCAAUGACAGCUACCAGUCUGUGCUCUCCUAUGAGAGCAUGCAGUCAGUGGACGAGAGCUACGAGUUCGUAUCACUUGAAGCGGACAGUAACAUGGCCGGUGGAGACCGACGCGCGGCACCGCCCCCACCCGACACAGUCUUCGACCACUACCCGCCGCAGCAGCUGCGAGAGCUCGGCGAAGAGAACGGCAUACACUACUUCGAAGACGGGCACUUUUAUACUGAGGUGGCCGGUCUUCCGCCUAUUGAAGAAGACGAGGACGAAGAUUAUUACCCACCAGUAUUUGUCAAGAAAAAUACCAAAGUUAAAUUCAGUACGAAUCCAAUGCGCGUAUUCUCGACGCACUCGGUGCGCGAGUACGACCGUCGCAACGAGGACGUUGACCCCGUCGCUGCCAGCGCCGAAUACGAGCUGGAAAAACGCGUCGAGAAGAUGCACGUCUUUCCCGUCGAUCUCGUUAAAGGAGCUGAUGGACUUGGACUCUCUAUUAUCGGCAUGGGUGUGGGCGCGGACGCCGGCUUGGAGAAGUUGGGCAUAUUCGUGAAGACCAUCACGGAGAGCGGAGCCGCCGCCCGCGACGGACGCAUUCAAGUUAACGACCAGAUCAUUGAAGUUGAUGGCAAGAGUCUGGUGGGUGUGACGCAAGCAUACGCCGCUUCAGUGCUUCGAAAUACAUCGGGCCCUGUAAAGUUCCUUAUUGGACGUGAGAAGGACCCUGAAAAUAGCGAAGUAGCACAUCUCAUUAGACAGUCUCUUGCCGCUGAUAAAGAGAGGGAAGAAAGAGCGAAUCGCGAACGUCAAAGGCGGCAACAUGCUGAGGAGGAGGAUUCGAAUCAGACCGCGCCCGCUGAACCUUCCGCGCCACAGACGCGACACCCGGAGAUCAACGAGCUUAGAGCUUUCCUUCAAGAGCUGGUCGGCAUGGACUCGGGCGGCGGCAGCUCGGAGGAGAUCACCGCGCGAGUGCGCGAGUGGUGCCAGGCGCGGGCUCCGGAUGAACAGUUGCGUCACGCGCUCGCCUCCGCCGCCGACACCGCGCACCGGGCGCAGCGCAAGUAUGACAAGGCUCGCCGCGCGCUGCGCGAGUGGCGGCGCACGCGCGCGCUGGUGCGGGCGCGCGAGGAGUGGUGGUCGGGCGCGCUGCGCGACGCGCACCGCGAGUACGGCGCCGCGCUGUCCGCGCUGCACGACCGCGUCGCGCGCCUCGAGGUGCUGCUGCUGGAGACUCAAAAGAAGGCUGGUCUACCAGUGAUGUUGCCACAUGAGCCGUCAGCCCGUCGCGAAACGCCGCCGCUGCCUCGUCGACCUGAUCCGGAUCCGCUUCUGAUAAACAAUCCAUGGAGUUCCGACAGCGAUCUCUCUGACCUGUCUCCCGUGGAGGACGAAUAUGCAAAAGUGGACAAGACAAGGCGAUGUGAGGCGCCCGACCUGGGUGACGUCACCGCGCCCGCCGCCGAAGAGCCCAAGCCUGCAGUGACCGCUGCUCCUGCGCUCCCCGCCACUCCCGCGUCGCAAGUGGCGCACUCGCCCCCCGCCGCCCCCGCCGCCGCGCCGCCGCCCGCGCAGCCCGCGCCCGCAGUCACCGCCGCGCCGCCGUCACACACCACUCACACUACCCACCAGACACACACUCACACCGCUCACCAAACACACGCUGCUCCGCCGCCGACGAAUCAUCAGCAAGAUACACAAUCAGUGUCGUCGUCGCUGGUAGGCGCGGGCAGCACGGGCUCGUCGCUGGGCGCGUCGCGCGAGCUGGACGCGGCGGUGCCGCGCGGCGCGCUGCUGGACACGUCGGCGCACCGCGCGCGCACGGACCUGGCGCGCCACCGCCACCACGCCGCGCACUCGCCGCACGAGCCACACUCGCUCAGCAACGCUAGCUCGUACGACGGUCUUGACGAUUCAUACAAUGAUUCUGCUGACGAAUCACUCAGCGAAUCUACAUCGGGAGGACCGCCUCAUGUUGGUGCUCAUCGCGACACUCGCCAGAGUUGCGGCAGUUCAGUGGGCAGUGCGACUGAUGACGCAGUGUACUCCAGAGACCACAGGCAUCACCCCCUGUCUGGUGCUAGCGCAUCGCUGGCGGAGCAGCUGAAGCAGGUGCUGGCGGAGCGCGAGCGGCGCCUGGCGGCCGGCGCGUCGCCGCCGCAGCCCGACGCCGUGCAGCUCACCAACGACCUCGUCGACGAGAUCCGCCAAGCCGUCAGUGAGGCCAACGCCAGAGUAAAGAAAGCUCCGGCGUGCGUAGUCGGCGGCGAGGUGCCGUGGCAGCCGCUGUCCAGCGCCGUGUCCGAGGCCAGCCUCACGCCGCCGCCCAACGCGCAGCCGCAUCCCGUCAAUCACUGGACCAAACAACAGGUAUGGCAGUGGGUAUCCGGGCUGGGCGAGGGCCUGGAGCGGCACGCGGGCGCGUUCGCGGCGCGCGGCGUGGACGGCGCGCUGCUGCUGGCGCUGAGCUCCGCCGACCUCAAGCUGCUGGGGCUGGGCGGCGACGACCGCCGCCGCAUGAAGCGCCGCCUCAAGGAGCUCCGCGCCGCGCACGAGAAACACCUCAAAGCUCUCAAGAAAGCUGAAAAGAAAGCCAAGAAGAAGUAAAUCCUAUGACACGGCCGUGGCAUGCCAUCACCAAAGAAUGAGCCAGUUCACAUGAACUUAGAACACCGCUUAUGUGGUUAACACAUAAGUGUUUACGUUUGCCUCUUUGAAGCAAAUCUUAUUGGAGAUGUUUAAAUGUUUGUGCACUUUAAACUCGCUACGUUGCUGAACUCUAAUGCAUAGCUAAAGUUUCAUGUGAACUGUCUCCUGUUUUUCUCGACUAUAUUAUUUGUAUUAUAUUGGCAACUAUAAUAUUAAAUCUGUCAAAUGAAAUUAUUAUAGUGACUUUAUAAAUAUUGAACUAAUUUCCCAGUACAUGUAUAAUUUCUAAUAUCUAGAAUUUUAAACUCGUGUUUAUCUUUAGUUUUUCUUGCCUUCUCUUUAUUUAUGAUUGUAUGAAAGUUCGGCAGCGUGUAGUUACGUUCUAAGAUAUUAUUAGAAAUAUAGGUAAUUACUUGGAAAAUGUUCAUGUGACUGAAGCUCGAGACGGUGUUGGUGGUGGGUAUAAAGCUGCGUCUGAUAGCAUACAGAGUGCCAUCUGACCCAUAGCUUAGAGACUAGUGACUUUAGUGCUGCUUCAAACGAAGAAACGAAUAUUAUUAAUCGAAAAUUAGACGUAAGUGAAUGUGAAACAGGACACGUAGAACUCAUUUAUCUAGACUGUCUAAUGUAAUCUAUUUCCGUAUAUCCUUGGCAUUUUGUUGGUUUCUUCAUCGUUCCUACAUUUUGUAUUAAUUGUGUCAGUUUUUCUUGGAAGUUCGAGAUCAAGUUGUGGACUGUAGGAAAAAUACUGGCUCAAUCUAGUCAUAAGAUGAAUUAGCUGUUCUAAAGUCAUGAAUUAUAACAUUUUUUCUUAGAAAUUUUGAAGUAUUUAAGAUUAGGAUAUAAACUUUCUUGUAAUGUAAUUAUCACCAAUUAUAAUAACGAGAUUGUAACGUGGUUAUUUAUUUUACAUUUGUAGCCAACGCAAUGCAAACUGAUUUUGGUAAUCCUUGGCAUUUAUUUAUAAUUAUUAUGAAAUAUAAUGCACAAAAUGUACUUAGUGAUACGGUGACUGAUUAUAUUCUAUUAUGUCGCCAACGUUUUAGUAUGUUUUAAUUUGUAUAGUGAAGUAACAUUCAUGAAACGUAUUGUGAUCUCAUGUCAUGUAAGAGUACCAGGUUAUCUUCCCAGCCCUUGACACAGUAUUUAUUCGAAAUGUCUACUAUCAUGUGAAUUCUUAUGAAAUACAAUCUUCACGAUUUAUUAUACAUUCCAGUAAAUUACUAUUUCUAUCUAUAUAGUUGUUUCUGUGUGAGGUUUUGAUCCUUUAGAUGAGCUUUAUAGUUUUUCUUAGGCGACAUACAUAAUAUGGUUUAUCUAACAAGUAAGUGUUACUGUCUGUGUAUUCAUGUGCGUCGUUUGGUUCCGUGCCCUAUCAUAUAAUCAUGUAAAUAGUCUCGAGUAGAUAAUGUGGAGACUACCAGAGUGAGCUUGAAAUCAUACUGUGUGACUGGAUGUACGUUACGCAUUUAGAAUAUUUAUUUCAUUUAAGAUUUAAUAAUAAGUAGAGUCCAUUGCCAAAAUUGAUCAGUACUUUUGUUUAAUGUUGUUGUUUUUUAAUUUACAGUUUCCUUUUAUUAUUUAAAUAUAUUUAUUUCGGGACCAAAUUAAUUUAUUAUGAAUUUAAUUAUGUAUUUGGGUGUGUGUUCAAGAGAAAGAUUUUUUUAUUUAUAAUUUAAUAAACAAACCAAAGUCUACAUCACAUUGUUUUUUACUGUGUUCUUUGUGAGUAUCAUGUACAUUUUGUGAGAGAUAUAAAAAUAUAAUCUGCAAUGUA